AUGACUAUUUCUGAUGAAAAUGAAGCACCAACAAGGUUGGAGGGGAAAUUCAAAGCAACCGUAGUGUGUUUCAUUCUUGGACUCGGGUCUCUUGUUGCAUGGAACAGCAUGUUGACAGUAGGAGAUUACUACUAUAAAUUGUUCCCCAGAUACCAUCCUUCGCGAGUACUCACCAUUGUUUAUCAGCCAUUUGCACUUGUAACAAUGCUAAUACUGGCACAUAAUGAGUCAAGGAUCAACACUAGGAUGCGGAAUUUAAUUGGCUACACUCUUUUCUUCGCUGGUACUUUGCUGGUUCUUGUGUUAGAUGUAGCAACAUCAGGGAAAGGAGGAAUCGGACAUUAUAUUGGUUUGUGUGCACUGUCUGCUUGUUUUGGAGUUGCGGACGCUCAUGUCCAAGGUGGCAUGGUUGGAGACAUGUCUUUUAUGUGCCCUGAGUUCAUCCAGUCCUUCCUUGCUGGUUUGGCUGCAUCAGGAGCUCUAGCCUCUGGUUUGAGACUUCUCAGCAAAGUGGCUUUUGAGAAAUUUGAUGAUGGUCUUCGAAAAGGAGCUAUUCUAUUCUUUGCAAUCUCUACAUUUUUUGAGUUUCUGUGCAUUAUUCUCUAUGCAAUCUACUUCCCUAAGUUGUCCAUAGUGAAGUAUUACCGUUCAAAGGCAGCCUUAGAAGGAUCAAAAACUGUAUCAGCUGAUCUUGCAGCUGCUGGCAUUCAAAACAAGACCAAACUGCAAGUUGGAUUUGAUGCUAAACAACUAGAAAGGUUGAGCAACAAACAGCUACUUCUUCAAAACAUUGAUUAUGCAGCUGAUUUGUUUCUGAUAUAUGUGUUAACUCUAUCAAUCUUCCCUGGAUUCUUGUAUGAAAAUACUGGAUCACACCAACUAGGAACAUGGUACCCACUUGUUUUGAUUGCUAUGUACAACAUCUUGGAUCUAAUAUCUAGAUAUAUUCCCCUCAUCAAAUACCUGAAGUUGGAGUCCAGAAAGGGCAUACUCAUUGCAGUUCUUUCUAGAUUCUUACUGAUCCCAGGAUUUUAUUUCACGGCUAAAUAUGGGGCCCAGGGGUGGAUGAUCCUGCUUGUGUCUUUCUUAGGACUAACCAACGGCUAUCUCACUGUUUGUGUACUUACUGUGGCACCCAAAGGUUACAAGGGUCCUGAACAAAAUGCAUUAGGUAAUUUGCUUGUGCUGUUUCUAUUGUUCGGCAUAUUUGUUGGGGUUGCUCUUGAUUGGUUGUGGCUCAUCGGAAAAUCAGGAUUCUAA